AUGCAAAAGGAUGCUCAAAACUUUGCAAAGAAGUGUCAAGAAUGCCAAAGGCAAGGAGAUGAGAUACACACCAACCAUCAAAGUCUUCAUCCAAUUGUGGCUCUAUAUCCAUUCCACAAUUGGGGGCUAGAUUUUAUAGGACCUAUAAACCCCUCAUUUGAAGGAUGUACAUGGAUACUGGUAGCCAUUGGGUUAUUUACCAAGUGGGUAGAAGCUGUGGCUAUGAAGAAGGCAACAGAAUGGUACUCCAUUUCUCACACGACAUCAGCACCUUAUUAUCCCAAGGGAAAUGGCCAAGCUGAGACCUCUAACAAAAGAUUAUUGAAGAUAUUGGGAAAAAUGACUAAGAAGAAUGGAAAGGGGUGGAAGGAGGAGCUUCCUACAACUCUGUGGGCUCAUAGAACAGCCAAAUCACAAGUGACAGGAGCUUCACCCUUUUCUUUACUCUAUGGCAUAGAGGCUGUCAUCAAAAUAGCUAGUAAGGCCAGUGGUGAAGCUGGUAGAGAUUGCAGGAAUACCCAGAGAAGACACUUUGGAUAUUAUGGAGAAAAUGCGUGA